GCCAACAAGCCCGCCACGACACUUCCCACGCCUUCCCGCGGCGUCCCAUGGCUAUCCAGACGCCCAUUACCCCACCGCGAUAACAUUACCACCUCGAUACACGCGCAAUGGCGACUGCGCUCCAGAAGCAGCUCGCGGCCAUCGCCGCCUCGAGCACCCAUGAGCUCGACAUCAAAGCGCAGAAGUCGGCGCACGGAAAGUCGCUGCUCUUCGAUCCCAAGGUCGCCUCCUCGCAGUCGUUUGAGAGCGUGUACUUGCUGUGCUACGAGGGAUACAGAGAACUAUGCGCGCUGGAUCCACGUUUUCUGCAUUUUGCCAAGAACCUGUUCAGCGAGCAGAGCAAGGUCGAGGACCGGACGCAGAUGACCAAGAAGGAGAACGAGAAGCUGAAUGCGGUACUCGAGGCUUUCAUCACUCUGGUCGGGCCACGAUUGCUGCUCAAGCCGGCGGAGAAGGCGCUCGAGUGGCUGGUGCGCCGGUUCAGAGUGCACGAGUACAACACCGAGUGUCUCGUCUUCACAUACCUGCCGUACCACAGCACCCCGCAGUUCCAGUCGCUGCUCUCCAUCCUCCCCGCCCAACCGCCGCAUGCCCUGCGCUUCCUCUUCCCAUACAUCGAGUCGAAGACGAAGGCGAACCCGCCGCGCCAGACCAUCGUCUACACGGCCAUCAACACGCCACAGUUCUUCAAUGCCUUCCAGUCAUACGUCGUCAAGGUGUUAGAGGCAGGCCACCAGGCAUCUCAUAUGCUCUCUUUCUGGUCGAGCAUCACGGUGCAGGCUGUGCACGGCAUACUCAACAGCUCCAGCUCAGGCAGGCGAGACAUGCAGGACCAGAAGACGGAGGAGCUGCUACUGAGAGUGCUGCCUGUGCUCAACAGCUGCAUGCGCGCUUCAUACGGAGCCGAAACUGUCGUGGCCUGCUACAUGAUCGUCGUUGUCUUGGUGACAGAGGCGACACUCGGGGACAAGGUGCUGGACGGGCUGAUGGAGGCCGUGGUACUUGCACACGACAGCGAGUCUCUCGACGAAUGUCUCAUGUCGCUUGCUAUCAUCGCCGAAGAGCGCUCGCACGCUCAGAUUCCAGAAACGGUUUCCAGGCAACUUCUCCGGAUCCCACAGCUGUCGCAAAAGCUAGCAUCAGUCUCGGCGGCGGAACAAUGUCGUGUGGAGCGUCUUGCCCUGGGAUGCGCUCUAGGAGCACUUAGUGGCGCCACUCGAUCGGACGAGAAGCGCGACACGUUCCACGAGCUCGUCACUUCGAAACUCAUCGUUGAAUCGCAGGUUCAGAUAGCGCUGGCAGCUCUGAUCGGGACAAUUCGAGACAACGCUCCCGGCUCGGAAGAGCGUGGACAACUGCUCGAGCUUGCUGCAAAGCUGGUCGAGUCGAAACAGGUGCUGAGCAUACUCCAAGCUACUGCGAAACAAAACAAUGUGGACCUAGAAUUGCUCGGUCUUACCAUUCAAGAACCUCUGGAAGACCAGACUAUCGACUUCGAUGAUGAAGACGAGGAGAUGCUAGACGCAGACGAAGGAUCCAUCCAGGCAUCAGCAAUUCAAGUUCCGAGCAUCACAACAAGCAGCUUUCUCGACCCCACUGCGACCGAAGACUUUUCCGAUGUCGCCAACGCUUUCGAACAAGCUGUGACACUGAAUCAGACUACACGAUUCCUGGGCUCCGAACCGCUUCACCGCAAAGAUGCACUCCAGCAGCCUUUGUAUCUCACAUUCUUGAUCCGGGUGUGGUCUAGUGCCCGACCGGUUCCUGUCCGAGUUGCUGCGUUGCGCGCCGCUGCAACAACGAUCAAGCAAGCUGACACUGCCGCUGUUCUCCAACACGUGACACCGUACCUGCUCUUUGCUCUUGCCGAUGCGUCUCCAGUGGUCCGCCGCUCCGCUGCUGCAUGUGUUGCCGCGUUGUCCGAGAAGGCUGCUAGCAAAUCAUCCGCCAAAGCUUGGGGGGCUAACAUGUACAGCACCACUAGCAAAGUUACAGAGCUGAAAGGGGAUGAGAUCACGGCCCUGGUAAUCUCAAUGCUCGUUCCAAUACUCGAAGAGUGCGUUAUGGACUCCAAUUUUGUCAUCUCCGCGGUCAGAGAUGUGCUAGACGGAUCCCAGUCUUCGAAAGCCCAGGCCAAGCAUGCGUUCAAGGCCCAAAUGCGAACAUCAAUUCUCUCAUUCCUAGCCAAUCACGCCUCUCUCACUCCACUUUUGAAAGUCCGACUUUGUCUCUUGCCUGUUGCCAACUUUACCGGGAAGGUUUCAGACAGCGUGCGCGGCAACGCAGUGCUUGCUGUCGUCAGACAGUGGUGUUCCCUAUCAACUGCUGAAGUAGCUACGCGCUGUGGUGAUGAGACAAUUGAGAUGGAAGAGGCAGAGCGAGCACAUCUUGCUGUAUUGAUAGCUCAGGAAGCGAAGAGUGCGCAAUUGCUGAACGACAUAAUCACCGGGAGCCUCAGUCAGGAGCGGACAGUGCUUGCAAACGCCGCCUUUGACCAGAUUAACUCAUUCUGGCCAUCACUCAAACCUGAUUCGAAGCUGUCCCUAGCUCAAUGCAUGUUGGGUCUGGCUUUUAAGGAGAGCAGUGAGCAGUACGACAAGCUUUGCAGGGAACGAGCACUUGAGACUCUACGCAAUGUCAAGCUCGAUUCUGCCACGCUUGUGACUUUCUUGGACACCGUUCCCACGACGGUACAGAUGCCCGAGGGACCGCCAACAAAGAAGAGGAGGCGAACUAGCCGGAGCGAAAUGGCUCGCGUAGAACUGUCUUCCGCUGAUGAUGUUCAGCGACUGCUACGCAAUCUCACAUUGGUGUUGGAAUUGGUAGAAGGCUCAAACCCCGGGCAGCACCCCGCUUUGUUCAGGACGCUGUUCAGUGUGUUUGGGGACCUCCAGCCGCUUAAGCAGCAGUCAGGAUCAGAGUUGGUCUACCUGCAAAGCAUGAUUCUAGGAGCUCUAACGCCAAUUGUCAACACCCUGAAGGAGCAACCGGACACAGUUGAAUACCAGUCCGCAGUACGAGCAGAUCUGCUCAUCGACUGCAUUCGACAUUCCACAAGCCCACAGGUGCAGAACAGCGCACUGCUCUUGAUUGCCAACCUGGCAUCAUGGGUACCCGACAUGAUUCUGCACAAUCUGAUGCCCGUAUUCACAUUCAUCGGGUCUACACUACUUCGCCAGCAAGAUGACUACUCCGCACAAGUAGUGGAUAAGACCAUCUCUCGCGUCGUACCUCAAUUGGCAGCCUCUCUUCGUUCGAAGCAUAAGAACUUCCUUACUGGAGUUUCCGACCUAUUGCUCAGCUUCACAGCAGCGUUUGAGCACAUUCCGCUACACAGAAGGCUCAAACUCUUCUCAGAGCUGGCUCGGACGCUCGGCCCAGAAGACUCGCUUUCCGCGAUCAUUGCCUUGCUUGCUGAUCGAUACCACAACAGCAAGAGCCAGCGCAGGUUCUCAACCGAAUUGCUGCUCAUGUUUGACCCUGUCCACACGCUUGAAGCUUUUAAAGGCUACCUCGAACUCGUCACCGAUGCUGCUGGGCCAAAGCGCAAGAUCUCGGAUACGUUGUUUGGCCUGAAUGAGAAAUCGCCCGCUCAAGUCGAAUCUGCGCUCAACGACAUCCUGUCCUCACUUGCAGACCUUGCAGCUGACGAGCGUAUACGGGCGCACGUGAAGAGGGCCUUCCGACAAAAGGCAGACCCUGCUAAGCCUCGAGAGGUCUUCGCGAACAUCGUUCAAACGACCAUCCAGUUAUCGAAGAAGGUGGCUCAAUCACACAAGCUCUACGAAUGCUGCAGUCGCGUACUCGCUCGAUGCCUGGAUCUCCUGCCUACCGCCGAUCUCAUCAAGUCGGCCGAGCUUCUACUCUCGAACCCGGACGCUCAAGUACAAGUCGCAGCCAUCAAGUCGGUGGAACUGCGAGCUGGAACGGCGGUCCAAAACGAUCGCUCGUCUGUAUCUGCUCUGCUCUCGUUCCUGCCCAAUGUUGAGAACGUCUUGCAGGAAUCACAAGAGUUGGAUGCCAAGAUCAUUGCAGUCAGCUGCAUUGAUCGUAUCAUCGAGCGAUUUGGCAAGAGAGAUACGUCUGCCGUCGCAGCUAUCGCGCAAACAAUCUCUGGCCCACAGGCGCUUUCAAGUAGCGAUGACAGGAUUCGCAUACUCUCCCUGCUCUGCUUGACAUCAGUCGUCGACGUUCUGGAGGACGGAGCUAUUUCCUUCCUCCCGACGGUCUUGCCAGUUGCUUUCGAAUAUCUGUCACUGGCUAUUGAAGAGGAGAAGACUGGGUUGCACAACGCGGUGUACUCACUCCUCUCCAACAUUGUCGAGCGACUGGGGUACAUGUUCUCGCGCGAGUAUCUGGACACGGCUCUCAGGCUGUCACACCGCUCCGCUGCUGGUGAUCUAGAAGACGCAUGUGACGAAAGCCGUCGUUCGUUCUACCAGAGUGUCUCUGUAGAUCUUGGCGCGCAGGAAGUGUUUGCUGCGAUUAAGUCUACUUGGUCGCAUGCCGUUACCGAGGGCUUUGACGCUUCACUCGAACACCUCGAGCUCCUCCGAUCUACCAUCGACAGCCAAGCAAAGUCGAAGUUGAUCAAAGCCAGCUCGACUCUCUUCAGCUUGCUUCUCCAAAUCUUCCAUCUCCGAGAAGCAGUCGAGUUGCAGGAAGAUGAAGCUUUCGAUGAUGAGGAAGUUCAGCAACUGGAUAACACACUCGUUGAGUCUGUUGUCGCUAUGGUAUUGAAGCUUAACGACGCUACGUUCCGACCUUUCUUUGUGCAACUUGUGGACCAAGAGGGACCGCGUCGAAGCAUCACCUUCUACAAGUUCCUCGCUGGGUUCUUUGACAAGUUCAAGUCCAUUGUUACAAGCUAUUCCAGCUACGUCCUCGAGCACGUUGCGAAGAUGCUAGAGCACCUUGCCCAAGAAGACGCAGAGUCAGAACUGCGAGGCACAGUCCUCAGCGCGCUGCAGAAGACGUUACAGCACGACCAAGAUGGCUUCUGGCAAGCACCGUCCCACUUCACCGUCGUCAUGUCUCCUCUCCUCAACCUCCUCACAAUCACCCACUCCGAGGAGAUCACAACACACGUCAUCCCCACAAUCGUCGAGCUCGCAGCUACCUGCUCCUCCUCAAUUGACAACCUGCGCGCUAUCAACUCCACACUCCUCAAAUACAUGCGCGACGAGCGAGCAAACACGCGUCUAGCUACUGUGCUGUGCGAGCAAGCACUCACACAACGCUUGGGCGAGGAGUGGCUCAGUUUGCUGCCCGAGAUGCUGCCGUUUAUCAGCGAGUUGCGGGAAGAUGACGAUGAGGGCGUGGAAAGGGAGACACAGAGGUGGAUUAAUAGCAUGGAAAGCAUUUUGGGUGAGGAUCUGGAGGCUAUGUUGCAGUAGUGACGACGAGGGUGGGAUGGGAGACUUUGUGAAUCUGAAAAGGGUGGUAUACCCCGGGUGUGGAUGUGCAUGUACGAGUUUAGAAUAGCAUUGUUGUUUGCAUUGCGACUUCUUCUUUUGAAUCAAGACUUGUCUGGCA